AUGUUGUGUGCUUCAGAGAAGCGUCUCAACAUCACUGAAAUGUGCUCGGCGGCGACGUUCAACGUGCGCUUCAUGACAUUCCUCAAUUCGACGGUAAUUCGUUGCGAGGGUCUCGGCACGAUCAUCGAGGCAUUCUUAAUUGUCGAGAUUGCAUUAUUGGCAUUGGGAAUUCUCGAAUUUCUCUAUUUAUUCUAUUUGUUCCUCUUCGUUCGAUCGAUGCAUUUCAAUCUGACAUGCUUGUUCAUGCAUUACGGCGGCCAAUAUUUCUUCUCGGUGAUGGCACGAUGCGUCAUACUGUAUCAGCAGUUCGGAUUCCACAUUCCAGACGAAUACUUGUUUUAUGCGAAUUACAUUCGCACAAUUUGUCUUUUCAUCGCCUUCUACAUUUUGCCGAUUUUUAUGGUCGAAAGGCUGUUUGCGACGAUAAUGGUGAAAACCUACGAGAAAUCGCGCCAUUUUUGGGUGUCGUUGGUGAUUUUGGCGAUUUUCUUCCCAUUGGUCAUCACAUCUGGAGUUGCUUAUAUCAAUUGUUGGAUUUCGUUGCCGAUUCACGUCGCAACAUUCAUUAUCGUCAAUUUGACCGGCUAUUUUGGUCUCGUCGCGAUUUACAAUUAUAAUUCGAAGCGGCAUCAAAAAACGUUGAAAUUGCCGAAAAAUCGCAAUUAUAAUCUGAGUGAGCGAUUCCAAUUGGCUGAAAAUAUCAAAAUGUGCGAGGUCUUGCGACGCGUUCAAAUCUCAAUAAUAUUCUUCAACGUGUUCUCUACUUCGAUCCUAUUGCUUGAUCACUUUCCGAUCUCCCCGAGAUUCCUAAGUUUGGCCUAUGUGUUUUACAACAUCCUCUUAACAAUAUACGCCAUCUCGUGUCCCAUUAUAUUACAUCAAUGUCUGCCGGAAUGGUGCAAAAAUACGAGAAAAUUGAUCAAGUUGAUUCUUGGGAAUCGUAUUAAUGAGGUUCGGCCGCGAACAACGUUUGGUGAAAAAAUGAUUUAUGACAAUCAUAGGGACCUCACUAAUAUGUAUUUUAUGCAGUUUGAUAAAGCUUUGAGGUAA